AUGGCAGAACAAAGGAAUGUUAUUGUUGCUAUGGAUGGCAGCGACCAUUCAAACUAUGCUCUGGAUUGGUACUGUAACAAUGUGCACAGAGAAGGAGACCAUGUGGUUCUUGUGUAUGUGCCAGAACUCAAUGAUUUGCUGCACUCCUCUCAAAUGGAACAACUAGAGGAGCAGGAGCGGAUCAAGCAGGACCUGGAGGCAUUUGCAGAAAUACUGAGACACCAUGGGCUCGGAGGCAAAGUGAAGAGCAUCAUGGCGUCCAAGCCGGGAGAAGGAAUCCUCAAGGCAGCUGAAGACGAGCAUGGCUGCAUGAUUUUCGUUGGCAACCGUGGGAAAGGCUUACUGCGCAGAACCUUCAUGGGAUCGGUCAGUGACUACGUCGUCCACCAUUCCCACAUCCCAGUGUUUGUCUGCAAACACCCCAACAAGCACAUCCCCCAUCAUGACUAG